AAUCGCAAUCAAUCUUCUUCGUAAUCGCAAUCGCAAUCACCUCGCUCAAUCGUCAUCGUCGGAAUCGCAAUCAUGUCACAUCUUUUAUGUUCUUUUCUACUACUGUUAUUUUGUUGUUUGAUCAUGGCAGGUUCGCAUGUUCUUCCCACCACCGAGAAACAUCACAAUUCGACUACUCUGGAGAUGGUUACUGUAUCAAGACUCUAUCAUGUCAUCACAACCAUGGCUAUCAUCAUCAUCAUCAUGUUCAAGGCUUUCAUGGCUCGUAUGAUGAGCUGGCCGCAAAACACAAGUGAAUCUGAUGGUGAUGUUUUUGGUAAGUUUGUUGGGGAGGAGGUCACUCCUAUACGUAGUUACAGUUCUCGUAUUCCCAUUUUCUCUCCCCUUUUAGAAAAGUUAGAGCCCGUUGAUAUUAACUUUCCUUUAGUGGAUCCUGUGAUUGAUUGUAUGUUCUUAAUGGCUGAUGAAAAACCAAAAUGUCCACCAGUUGUAGUUGUUUCUGACAAAAAACAGUUGGUUAUGUCUGCUAGUUCCAUGUCGAUUCCAUUGGCAAGAAAACCGGCUAUUUCCUCUAGUAUAAAACUGAAAGUUCCCCCCAAAAAGGCACCCGCUGCUUCUGUUAAAAAACAGUUGGUUAUGUCUGCUAGUUCCGUGUCGAUUCCUUUGCCUAGAAAACCGGCUAUUCCUUCUGGAAUAAAACUGACAGUUCCACCCAAAAAGGCACCCGCUGCUUUUGUUAAAAGACAGUUGGUUAUGUCUGCUAGUUCCGUGUCGAUUCCUUUGACUAGAAAACCGUCUGUUCCCUCUGGUAUAAAACUAUAAAACUGAAAGUUCCACCCGAAAAGGCACCCGCUGCUUCUGUUAAAAAAUAGUUGGUUAUGUCUGCUAGUUCCAUGUCGAUUCCUUUGACUAGAAAACCGGCUAUUCCCUCUUGUACAAAACUGAAAGUUCCACCCAAAAAGGCACCCACUGUUUCUGUUAAAAAACAGUUGGUCAUGUCUGCUAGUUCCGUGUCGAUUCCUAUGACUAGAAAACCGGUUGUUCCCUCUAGUAUAAAACUGAAAGUUCCACCCGAAAAGGCACCCGCUGCUUCUGUUAAAAAACAGUUGGUUAUGUCUGCUAGUUCCGUGUCGAUUCCUUUGACUAGAAAACCGGCUAUUUCCUCCGGUAUAAAACUGAAAGUUCCACCAAAAAUGACACUGGUUGCUUCUGUUAAAAAACAGUUGGUUAUGUCUGCUAGUUCCAUCUCGAUUCCCUUGACUACAAAACCGGCAGUUUUUGCAACAAAAUCGAUAGUUCCCUCUGAUAGAAAACAGAAAGUUCUUCUCAGAAAAUCACCAACUACUUCUGGCAAAAAACAGUUAUAUGCAAGUGCGAGUGAGUUGUCAAUUUCAUUGACCAAAAAGCCGGCAAUCACUCCUCGGUGGAGGUUCUAAAUGUUAUGCUCCAAAGUGUCAGAUUCUCUCAUGUACCAAGGUGUUGUUAGAACCAAGAGUGAAGUGCUACCAAUUGUCCAAUGUCUACAGGUGCGCAUCUCUUUAUCUUUUAAAUCAGUCUUAUGUAAUAUUAAAGGUACGCGUCUCGUUAUCUUUACAGAUUGCUUCACA